UUUACUCCGUGAAAAUUGAAAUGUCACAAGCUAGGAUAGGAGAGAACACUGGCGAAGACAGAUAUUAACUCCUUUUUUGACAAAUAAAUCAAUGCACUAACUGUUUUUGAAAAGAAACCAAUGCUUAUUUCCAAGGAAAAUUAAAUAGACUCAUAACAAACAUUGAAGUUUGUUGAAAAACAAACCAAGAUGUCUGGACAAACAUUUCACUUCAGCAAGGAAACACCCCCUGACUCCAUGUUUAGUGAUAUCCAAACUCUCAAUAAGUUUCAGGAUGAGCAAUUCAGUCAGCUGACACAGUUUGUGUUUGAAUUCUUAACAGAUCCAACAAAGUCUUCACGUUUGAUGUCACAGCUGGAUGAUUUUGCUGCACAAAAUAGUGUUGGAGCAGGUGCUCUAAAAAAUGUGUUCAAAAGUCUUCUCUCUGUACCAAACAGUGCAUUGAAGAAAAGUUUAAGUCCUGCACAGGUAAAAGAAGAUCUAGUAAAUUUAGGACUGUCUGAGGCUAAGGGAGAAUAUUUCUCUGAACAAUGGAAAGCCAACCUUGUAGGACUGUCAAGAAGUGCACUAGGACAGACACUGAUGGUGAAUCAACUUGUUGAUAUGGAGUGGAAGUUUGGAGUGACGGCAGCCAGUAGUGAACUGGAUAAAGUGGGUAAUACAUUCCUACAGCUGAAACUGGUCAUCAAUACAGGGAAUGGAGUUACUAACUCAUAUAUGGAGUUGACACUGCCACAGUUUUAUUCUUUUCUUCAUGAGAUGGAAAAAGCCAAAGCAAGUUUAGAAUACCUCAGCUAGUGUUUUGGGAUGUUUUAAAAUGUUGUGUAGACUCAGAACAAUUCAGGAACAGUUUUAAGAUAUGAAUAAAUAUUGUCAAUUUGACCUCUUUUCUGUCAGUUGAACAUAAAAAGGGCUGCAGUAGUAUUCUAAUUUCUACCCAAAGGUGCAUAGAAUAAAUGUGUAUAUGUUUUGAUAUUUAGAUUGUAACAGCCAAAAAAUGGAAAAGUUUACAAUAAAAAUGCAUAACUCAUCAGUGUUGAUAGUUGCAAUUAAAGUAAUGAAAUUGUACUCUAAUGGUAAUAUGCUAUCAUAUUUAACAUUCUGAAUUAAUCCUAGAAUUUUCUCAAGUUGUCCAUACUCAUAUUUAUGGCAGCUUUUUCACUGCAUUGUGUUUCAUUUUGAAAUUAAACGAUAAACUAUUUACAUAAUCAUGUAGUGCCAAGUUUUACUUACACGUCUUGAAUACCUUUGUCAUUUAACAGUUGCAUAUGUGUUAACUUUUGACGUAUUUCUCUUGUACAUUUUGUUUUUAUUUUGGAGAUGUAACAGUUUGUAUUACAGUGGUAAGAUUUGUAUCAAGAAAUAUGCAUUACUGAAAUUACUUUCAGAGCACUGCAUGUUACUCUGCUGAAGACACAACACAUUUUACUCGUUGCAAAGCUAAUUGUGUUUUAUUAAAUACUCAUUUAUGCUUACGAAAUGAUGUACUUUUUGUAAUUAAGCCUGAGUAAAAUUGAAAUUAUGAAUGCUAAUGAUUGAACCUUUAAAGUGACAACACAUAUAAAGAUGACAUCACAAAUGCCUUCACACAACCAAUAUGAAAUUUACACAUCAGCAGUGAAGAGAAUAAGAAAGUUAAUGUACAGUAAUGUAAUAAAGUGAUCAUUUAGAAUAAGAUUAUUUUAAAUUACAGAAAUUUGAAUUAUAGCUUUCAAAAGAAAUUGUUAUAACUGAAAACUUGUUUGAUUUUUUUUUUGUUAAGCUUUUAGACCAUGUGAAUGUACAUUUUGUAUUUGUUUCGCUUUAAACUUCCAAUUAUCUCUGUUAAAUAUGUAAAGUUUUGAUGACUAUAAAGGUAAGCAAAGAUAAAUAAAACAAACUUGAUAUGUACAGUAAGACACACAUGAAGCACUUCAGAUGUCAAAAUAGUAAUGUUACAUUUUUUCAAACUAUUCCUCUUCUGACUUAAUGCACUAUUACAGGGUGCUUUACAACAUCUAUAUAUCAAAACUUUUCCUUGUCUACUCAAGCACUACUGUUCUGACUCAUCUUGAGCUCAUCAUGCAACGAUUCAGACUUUGUUGUUCCAGACAGAUCAGCAUUCAGUCUAAAGAAAUUGCUAGCAAAGUACAUACAUGAAGACUAUGAGUUUAUGGAGAUUGAUAAAAUCCUAGAAUCCUAAGAAAUCAAGUAUUAUCAAUGUGUCAGCAGCCUGAUGGCUUGGUGCAUUAUCUUGAUGGAAGAUAACAUCCAUUUUCAGUAGAAAUCAUGCAUGUUUGUCGAUGUCAGAAAUAAUGACCACACUGCUUAGUCCAUUGCACUGUCGGCUUGUUUUAAAUAAGUUCUUGCUUUGGUGUACCUGUCUCCAUUAUUUAUUACUAAAUUGUUUUUUGUGUAUGAUUUGACAAUUUUGGUCCAACAUUGGCCGUAUAUCUUAAAUGUUCGUUCUUAGAAAUAUUUUGACAUUUUUAUACCAAAUAAAGAAAAUAACCCCUGGUGUCCAAAUUAAAAAGCAAACAUUUAUUUAACAUUUUCCAAACUGCUCUCAACCUCUCUAUAAGUAUUGCCAAAGUAACUAAUUAUAAUGUAUAGCUCAAUGAAAAAUAAAGAGAUCAAAAGUAUAAUAGUUAUUAAGAUGAUGUCACAUAUACAUGCCAAGUUUCUUUACAUUCACAUGCCAAGUUGCUUUACUGUCAGCUGUCCGGGAACUUAAUGACUGCCCUUAGUAUAUGUUUGUAAUUCUAACACGAUCCGAUUCAUUUUCCUAUUAAACAAAGAAGGAAGAAAGCAGUGAAUUAUCAUACAACAAAUCACUGUUCUGACGUCACAAUUAUUACGUCAUGGCGCCAAGCGGCAUAACGGCGCGCUGGAAAAGAAACCGAUUGAAAACGGGCAAAUAUUUAAUGCAUGUCAUCAAGGAUGUACUUUAAAAUCCUUUAUAACGUGUUAGAAUCGAAAUAAUAUAUCUCAUUUAGUGAUUUGCUCUUGAAUAAAUCAUUGCUUGUCGUUCAGAUGCGUAUUAUUAUAUCACUCGGGCUACGCCCUCGUGAUAUAAUUCCUUCGCAUCUGAACUCCUAGCAAUGAUUUAUUCAACGACAAAUCACUGGAUGAGAUAUAUUAUUUCUUAAAUAACACGUAAUUGCAACAGAACAAAAGCAAGUCACAAUCACCUAAUUUCAUAUAAUGACUGAAUGUGCAAUGUUUAUUUUUAUUGUGUUUGAAAUAUGAAUAAACUAUAAUUUAAUA